UUUUUUGGCGACAAUCACACCACUGCUGUAUGUAAUGCUUUUUCCAAAGCAUACUACCUAAGUAUCAAACUUCGCCUAGCUAUGGUAGCACAAUUCAUUAACAGUUCCGUCCUCCAUCUAGGAAUAAAAACUACGCUACAGAGGCCUGCACACCUCUACGUAGAUGAAGGGACCGCAUCGUUCAUAUCGGAACCCUGUCCGAGUCCGAGUCUUCGACCACUUCGACUUCACACGCUGACGUCUUAUCUUGCAAAUGGCUUGCCGUCUUUGCUAUCGUUGCUCGUUUGUACUGCCGACGCUGGUACUGGGCUUAUACAGAUUAGCUGUUAAUAUCGUAAGCUAUCAAAAGCGCAAUACUCAUUGCCCCCUACACUACAUACGUACCCUCCGUUUCCAACGCGUUGUAACGUCAGUUUGGCGAUCAUUUUGUACCCACUGCCGAUUUUUGACAUGGGUUUGCAAUAUGCCUUGAGGCUGCUUCAUGGUAUUUUUAUCUGAUCCGAGUGGGAGAACCUUUCCAAAGGUAAGAAUAUCCUAAACCCACUCAAUGCUCAUGUUUACAGCCUCAUUUGCGCGGUAUGGCGCACCUAUGAUAAUCGAGAAUUUUAACAGCGCGUGUAGAUGGUAUCCGCCUUAGAAACGCUAUGUACGUCUUUCGCAAGUCCCAAGAAAGACGUGAUUCGACGAGACUUCCAACUGGCAUGUUCCAGUCAGUCAUUAAUCAGCCCUCGUCUGUGCAACUGCUUCUCACCCUC